CAACGCCCAAACAAACACUUUCUCUGCAUGGCCGCCACGCAGCACCAACAUCGUGCACUUCACCCGUCCGUUUCACAGCAAUAAAACCAGCAAAGUAGUAUCACCUCCCUAACAACUAAGAAGAAGAAGAACAACAAGAAGAAGAAGAAGAACACACAGCAAAACAGAGCAAAAAACACAGAAUGGCAAGGGAGUUGGAGAGGAGGGAUGGGAUGUCGACGGAGGCGCCUCUUGCCCCUGUCACCUUCGAAAGACAUGUUCGGGAUGACCUCGAAGAUCGGCUGCCCAAGCCAUAUAUGGCUAGAGCAUUGGAAGCUCCGGACGCAGAGCACCCGUAUGGGACGCCAGGCCACAGGCAUAAUGGCUUGAGUGUGCUUCAACAGCAUGUCGCCUUCUUCGAUCAGGACGACAAUGGCAUCGUUUACCCUUGGGAGACUUACAGUGGAUUUCGACAGAUCGGUUUCAACCCGAUUUUCUCUCUGAUUAUGGCGGUCGCGAUCAAUGUGGCUCUCAGCUAUUCCACUCUCCCUUCGUGGUUUCCGUCACUGUUGUUCCCAAUCUACAUUUACAACAUCCACAAGGCCAAACAUGGCAGUGAUUCGGGCACGUACGACACCGAAGGAAGGUACUUGCCCGUUCAGUUCGAGAACGUGUUCAGCAAGUACGCGCGAACGGAGCCUGAUAGGCUCUCGUUCGGGGAGCUUUGGGACAUGACUGAGGGAAACAGGCUUUCCUAUGACUUCUUCGGAUGGAUUGCCUCCAAAGUGGAGUGGGGGAUUCUGUACGUCCUUGCAAGGGACGAUGAAGGGUACCUCUCGAAAGAGGCUAUAAGGCGAUGCUUCGACGGUAGCUUGUUCGAGUACUGCGCUAAGAGGAACAUGGGAGGUGAUCUAAAGAUGCACUAAGGGUGGAAAACUGUGUUUUAAUCUUUAGAGAUCAGUGUAAUAAAACCCAGAAGCUAUGAGACAGAUCAGAGAUGUAGAACCAUGUUCUAGUCCUCGUCGAACCAGGCAGCAGUAAAUGUAAUGAAAAAACCUGUCUUUUCUCAAAAGAAUGUAAUGAUGCAGACAAAUUGCUCUUGAAGUUUUCUUAUCGUUGUUGAUAAAUCUCCUUGGUUUAGCAGGAAGGGAAUAUUAGGAUGUGUUAUUAAUAGACAUAGUAGAGUGGAUUAGGGAGCUUGAAUGUCCUGCCAGCACUUGGGAGGCCUGCAAAGCUGUUGAACUGAUCUCCAACUGUGCCCCAGAUUCUGUAGCCAUCGUUGAUCAAUUGUUGCCUCACGUUAGCUUUGUACUGCGCCACCCCACCAUUCAGUUCAUCAUUUCCCCUGCCACGUUAACAUGAAAAAAGUGUUAUUAUGGGGAUUGAAGGAUUCUGGACAGUAAACAGAAGAGGAGAAUCUGCAGGAAGUUUAAAAGAUACCUUAGGAAGAGACUUUUCCAGCCAUGGUAGCCAACAUCAACAAGGUUGUCAGUUGUGGCUGAUCUGAGAUUCUCACUUCUGCUAGAGACCAAGAAGAUCUGUACUCCCAUUGAUUUCAACACUUUGUAGAGCCUCAUUGUGUGUUCCAAUGGUGUUGCCUUCCUUUUGCUCGCCCAUUCCUCGAAUGCGGUCGCGUUGAACAUCUCCCCCCCAAACUGGUGUUGCUUGAAGUAGGGGAUGGUGGAGAGGAGGGUGUCGUCCACGUCGAACAGCCAUGCAUCUUUACCAUCUUUCCUGAAGCUGCAGGUGGUGCUGAUGUAGACGAUGCACUCCUCUACGGUCAACUGCGAGUCGAUCUGGUACUGGACCGACGUCACGUAGUUGCCAAUGUAGGGGACGCACUCUUCGGGGACGACCUUGAAGUCGCGGAUGUUGUGGAGCUCCACGUUCAUCCUCCAGCUCUCGCAGUAGUUCUGCAAGCUGAUCUGCAACCUACUUCGGGCCAACGACAAUGCAGCGUGGUGUUUCCCGUUUUGGUGAAGAAUGUUCCAGUCUGCAACUGCUGGACUGAGAAACACAGCACAGAAACAAAGCGACAGAGGGACAGUGAGGCUUGCCAUUUCUGUU